AUGGUGAUUGCGGGCUUCUUCGCCGUCGCCAUAUUCAACAGCAUUGAGAUUUUGAUUUGGAUCUUCAGCAAGUUCAAGCGCAGGAAGAACUUUUACUUCUGGAGCCUGGUGGUUGCUGCGCUCGGAAUACUCAUCCACUCGAUUGCUGUGUUUUUGCGUUACUUUGCCCUCGCGCCAAACGUUUUAAUGUGCGUCUUCACGCUCAUCGGCUGGUGGACCAUGGUCACUGGCCAAUCUUUCGUGAUGUACUCGCGCCUAUAUCUCGUCGUGCGCGACCGGCGGAAGAUCAGAUGGGUACUAAUUCUGAUCAUCACCAAUGUCUUUGUGCUACAUCUUCCGGUAUCGAUCCUCUUUCUCGCCAGUAACAUCACACACUCUACACAGUUCAUCGAAGUCUUCAAUAUCUAUGAGAGGAUUCAGCUAAUCGGCUUCUCCAUCCAAGAGUCCAUCAUCUCAGGUUUGUACGUGUGGGAGGCAACGCAUUGGCUCAAACCCCUUAUGGAUAUGAAAGGACGCGAGGGGAAAAGGAUGAUACGCCAUUUGAUCAUCCUACUCGUCAUCACCGUGCUUCUUGAUAUCAGCCUCAUUUUAACCCAGUUUACGAAUAAUUUUGAUAUACAAACAACAUACAAACCCGUUGUCUAUAGCAUCAAGCUCAAGUUCGAGUUUAUCAUACUCAACGAGCUAAUUAUGUUAACCCGGUUAGACAUAUGUGCCCACCCCCGACCGGAGGACUUUUCUGAUAGGAACCGCUGUCAGCUCGCGUCUGGUGCUGCAACGACCAACCCUACCCCCAUACACGAUGGUGUACAAUGUGUCGAGGAUGUUGAGAGAGUGUGCACAGCAAAGAGCAGGACAAAUCACAUCUUCGACGGCAGAUUUGACAGCCCCGCUCCUUCAAGUUCCCUCGAACCUGCAGAGAACAACCACCAUCUCCCAGUGGUAGCUUCAGACGCAUGCUCAACUGUAUCAGAAGGCACGAAACAAUAG